AAAAUUUUCAAAUUAAAGUGAACGUGUUGGCGAUGAUUAUGCUUGACAUUUCCUUAGAGUUCAAAAACUUUGGAGCAUAAUACUUCAAUUAUUCAUUUUGGCAUUUAUUUGGUGGUUACAUCUUCUGAAUCCGAUCUCCGUUUCUAAAAUCACAGGAAGAUGAAGAGUUGAGGCAUGCAAAUGUAGCAAAUCAAAUUGUUACUUAACUGUUUCCAAGUUUUCACCACCAUCACUGCACUUCCACCAUUUCUGAAACCCACCAGGAGCAGGAACAGGAACCCCCACACUCCACAGUUUCUCAGUGAGGGUGUUACAAGUUUUGGUUUCGGCGUGUGCUGCUGAGCUGAAAUACUUCUAUGUAGUUUUCCUUUGGCCUUUUCACAAUGUCUCUCUCCUGGUAGUGAGAGCCAGACAUGCAAAUUGGAAUGAUGGUGAUGAUGACUCAAACUUUGAAGACCAUUGUAUCAUCCUACCAUGACUUUGACAAGAAUUCCCAUUUAUGUCCUUUGCCUAUCAGUCCACCCAGAAGCAGUCAGUGGCGCCAAAGCCGCAUUGGAACCUUGGCCAUAGCCAUUGCAGCGCUUCUCAUAUCUACUACUGCUUGGCUUUCCCUUGUGUUCUUUGAUGCAACUACAUGUUGCUUUCACAGUUUAAAGGAUCGGGAAAGUAGACCCCACUUUUUCAAUUGGAAGAAGUGUGUUUCUCAUUUCCAUGCGAAAGUUACACCCCCUCCUGCUCUCCAAUUUGGAACCAUGAAAGAUCAUCUUCAUAAUGGUAGCAGUAUUGCUGAACAGGAAGGCUUGUCACUUAAACAUAUUGUUUUUGGCAUAGCAGGAUCAUCUCAACUUUGGAAACGAAGGAAGGAAUAUGUCAAACUGUGGUGGCGUCCUAAUGACAUGCGUGGCCAUGUGUGGUUAGAUGAACAGGUGCUUGAAGAACCUGGAGAUGAUUUAUUGCCUCCUAUCAUGAUUUCUGAAGACAUCUCAUAUUUUCGCUAUACUAAUCCCACCGGCCACCCUUCUGGCCUUCGGAUUUCUCGCAUUGUCAAAGAGAGUUUUCGCCUCAGUCUCUCUGAUGUGCGCUGGUUUGUCCUCUGUGAUGAUGAUACCAUCUUCAAUGUGAAUAACCUAGUUGAUGUCCUCAGCAAGUACAAUUCUUCUGAAAUGAUUUAUAUAGGUAGUCCCUCGGAGAGCCAUUCAGCAAAUUCCUAUUUCAGUCACUCAAUGGCCUUUGGUGGUGGUGGGAUUGCUAUAAGUCAGCCACUUGCAAUGGCACUUUCUGAGAUGCUUGACGAAUGCAUUGAGAGGUAUCCAAAGCUUUAUGGUAGUGAUGAUCGACUGCAUGCCUGUAUAUCUGAACUUGGCAUUCCACUGACAUGGGAGCGCGGUUUUCACCAGUGGGAUAUAAAAGGCAACGCUCAUGGUCUUCUAUCGUCUCACCCAAUAGCACCAUUUGUGUCAAUUCAUCAUGUUGAAGCUGUAAAUCCCUUUUAUCCGGGCCUGAGCUCUUUAGACAGCCUGAAACUUUUUACAAAAGCCAUGAAAACCAAUCCCAAAAGCUUUUUGCAGCGUUCCAUAUGUUACGAUCAUGCACAACAUCUGACAUUUUCGGUGUCACUUGGUUAUGUUGUUCAAGUGCUGCCUAACAUUGUUUCUCCCCGUGAACUGGAGCGCUCGGAGAGAACUUACUCUGCUUGGAAUGGUAAUAGUGAAGCGAAUGAAUUUGAUUUUGAUGCUAGGGAACCGUACAAUUCUCUUUGUAAAGGUUCUACUUCUUUCUUCUUGAAAGAUACUAGAAGAGAGGGUAAUGCUUCUUGGGGUUCAUAUGUUCGGGGUAGAGAUAAAGAUGAUUUCAAAAAGAGAAUUUUAUGCUUUCCUCACUUUCCUCCUAUGCGCAAUGUGGGAGAGAUCCAGGUAGCUGUGCAACCUUUGAGCAAGAAUUGGCAUCUGGUUCCACGACGUCUCUGUUGCCGGCAAAGCCAAGCUGACAAAGAAAUACUCCAAAUCUCAGUUGGAGAGUGUGGGAAGGGAACUUUUACUUCUGUCUACUGAUUAUGGUUUGUACAUGAUUUAGCCUUUCAUAGCGAAUAGCUGAUUCCAUGCGGCAUUUUUAA